AUGAAACCAGGCUAUCUUUUCCUUCCGAUCUUUCUCUCUUUCCAUCUACUUCUCUCCCGUUGCAAAGCCGACGCCGUUGAAUUCGCAGCAUGCAAUCUGUCCCAGUACCGCUGCGGCGACAAUACCUACAACAUCAUGUUCCCUUUCCGGCUGCCGGGGUCCAUGCCGGACUACUGCGGAAGCGAGGGGUUCGACCUCAGGUGCGUCGCGAACAAAACGCUGAUGAUCAACAUCAGCAACGAAUCCUACCAAGUGAAGAGCAUCGACUACGCGACCAACGUGCUCACGGUGGUCGACCCCGAUCUCGUCUCCGGCAAUCAGCCCUGCCCGCAACGCCUCACCAACACGACCCUCGACUUCUCUCUCUUCACCUACGCCGCGUUCGAUCUCAACCUCACCUUCUUCUCAAACUGCUCCUCGAUCUUCACCUUCCCCUGGCUCAUCCCGACCAACUGCACGGAGUUCGGUUCCAACUAUUACUACUACAGCGUGAACGAGACACCGCUUAUAGUUGAGUUGCUGCAAAGCUGCAGCUCAGUCGGGGUGUUCGCGAUAAAUCAGACGGCCGCAUCGGAUUUCUUGGACGGGGGGAGGACGAAUACCAGGGAUGCGCUGCAGGGCGGGUUCGGGGCGAAUUGGACGUUAGGGACCGAGUGGUGCGGCAGCUGCCAGAGCUCCGGCGGGACGUGCGGGAGAGUUCCCGGCGACUCCAGCAAACCUAACUGCUUCUGUCCCAACGGAACGGUCUCGUCCAGCAACGAAUGUAAGCAGCAGGACCACGGUACGAAAACUGUUACCUCCUUUUGCUUGACUUUGACUUUUUCAAUUGUGACUUUGCAUCUGGUACAAUUAAAUUUUAUAUUUUAG